AUAAAUGUCAUAAGAGAAGAAAAAUCAGCUCUUAUGUGUGUCUCUUUCACUUGCUCUCUCUCUUUCGUCUUUUUAUUAUCGAAUUGCAGUUCACCCAGUCAAUUGCAUUACGCGGCGUAACGUGGACAAACCUGCUUCGUCUUUUUCAUGUUUAAUAAUAUUACCCAAUUUCUUUCUUGUGCUUGUUGAGUAAAAUAUUUUAAUAACCAACGCACCAAUCGACUCAAUCUAACGAUGUCAGAGGCGGGUGAUUCGGACUUCGAGUCGGACGCCGGCGACAGCCCGGACGACGUCCCUCUGCGCCUGAUCAAGACGGACACCAGCCCACCGCCCCCGGAGGCGGCCUACGAGCCGCCGCCGCCGCCACGCCACCGUCAACAGGUGCGGGAGGAGAUUCUACGGGACGCGCAACAGGCCGGCAAUGUGGUGCCGCUGGACAUGGAGCGCUUCCAGCGCCACUUCACCCUGCACAAACCCUACAAAGACCACACCACGGAUGCGGCGCCCUAUUCGCCGGAGAACACACCGCAGGAUCUGAGUGUGUCGGCGCGCAACUCGGAGGGAUCGCAUUCCGACUCCCGGACACCGCCGCGCCAACGCUCACCCUCCAUUGGCCGUAUCUCGCCCGGACAUGCCCCGUCGGCGUCCUGGUCCUAUGAGGAACAGUUUAAACAGCUGUAUGAAUUAAGCGACGAUCCAAAACGGCGCGCCUUCCUGGACGAUCUGUUCAGUUUCAUGCAGAAACGAGGCACACCGGUUAACCGAAUUCCCAUUAUGGCCAAACAGACGCUGGACCUCUACGAGCUCUACCGUCUCGUCACGCAGAAGGGCGGUCUGGUGGAGGUGAUUAACAAAAAGAUUUGGCGGGAGAUCACCAAAGGCCUCAAUCUGCCGUCUUCCAUAACGAGCGCCGCCUUCACACUGCGCACACAGUAUAUGAAAUACCUCUAUCCCUAUGAAUGCGACCGGCUCAACCUGAGCGCCCCCGACGAACUGCAGUCCGCCAUUGACGGCAACCGCCGCGAGGGUCGCCGCACCGGCCACCACUUCGGCUCCCCGGGCCCGGAGGGCUUCACCCCGCCGGCCAUGCCACCCACCGCCUCGCCGCUGAUUCCCGCGCUGGCCCCCGCCCGCCCGCACCAUCCUUCCAUGAACGGCACGGUUAACGGGCACGGCCACAUGUUCCCGCACCAGCACAGCAAACGCGGACACUGUUCAGAAUCCGACGCGGAAAGCCGCUCGUCGUCCCGCGCUUCCAGUCAUGAGCGCGAACGUCCGCGGGAGCGGGACCGCGACACCCACCGCAAUCACAGCCACUCCCGCCGUCACAGUGACCGUGACCGAGGACGGGAUCGUGAGCGGGACCGCGAACGGAAUAAUCUCCAUGAGCGCUCGCGGCGCUCCCCGUCGCCGUUGUCGGUCCCGGCGAAUAAACGGCCGAAGAACGGCAUUGAGGAGGAACUCAGGGCGCCCUUUCCCAUGAUGCAUACCGGUUUGCCCUCCGCGCAUUUAAAAAUCACCAGCCGGGGGGAUGGACGGAGUAUGGACGGUUCACUGGUGAUCAGUAUGGAGAUUAACGGCAUCAUGUAUCAAGGUGUUCUCUUCGCGCAGAAUCCGCUGGCGCGCAUGUGACGAUAGAGGAGAAACGCAGACUUUUUACACAGGAAAUUAUAUCUGUACAGAAUUAAUUUUGCCUUAUGUAUUUCGUUUGUGGCCGCAAGCGGAGACACAAAUUGUACUCUUUAGCCGAAACCCGGGGUUGGUGUUCCUCUUUGUACUGUACGCUCUCAAGUGUUUUUCUACGUAAAAAAGUUAUCGUGUCGAACUAUAUUUAUCACUCUGUACUGCAGUAAUUGUAUUGAUGUGCGGGUUCAUUCUUGAUGUGCCUUUUGUGAAGAAAAAUAUGUAACAGCAUUGAAUGCG